AUGAAGCAUGAAGCUUGCGGGUACGCUUACAUCAUAAUAGGUCCCGAUGGCAAGAGUUUAAAACCUGCUCACGUGUAUCGAGGAUCAGAUGCCGUAGAUAAUUUUCUGCAAAAUAUCAUCCGUGAAAAAGAUGAACUUGCGGAAACAUUAACUCACAUCGUUCCAUUAAUUAUGACACCACAACAAGAGCAGGACUUUUUAACGGCUACGAUUUGCAAUCUGUGUAAGAAGCCUCUUUAUAAGGAUCGCGUUCGCGAUCACGAUCACUUGACGGGACAUUACAGAGGAGCAUUACACAGUUUAUGCAAUCUGAAAUAUCGCUUGCAGAAAAAGAUACCGGUGGUCUUCCAUAAUUUGAAGCAUUAUGACGCUCACCAUAUAAUGCAGGGACUGGGAAAGAAGAUCGAAGACCAUCAAAUUGAAGUCAUCGCUACGAAUAUGGAAAAAUAUAUCACUUUUGCCCUUAGCAAGAAACACAAUAAGAUCAAAGUUUCUUUACAAUUCAUCGACAGUUUCCAGUUUUUGAAUACAUCUCUUGAAAAACUGGUACAAAAUCUGCCUGCAGAAAAAUUCAACAUUUUAAAGGAAAAUGUAAGAGAAGGGGAUCUUUCUCUUCUCUUGAAAAAGGGCAUUUACCCUUACGAUUACAUCCAGUCCUUUGAGAUGUUUGAAGAGACGGCGUUACCACCUCCUGCCGCCUUUCACAAUAGUUUAACGGACGAGGAGAUUUCAGCGUCAGAUUACGAACAUGCACAGGCAGUAUGGAACAGCUUCAACAUCCGUACAAUGGGGGAAUAUCACGACUUGUACGUGAAAUCAGACGUUUUACAACUGGCAGACGUAUUCGAAAAUUUUAGGAAAUUGUGUUUGCAAUUUUAUGAAAUCGAUUGUGCUCAUGUAAUGACAUCACCCGGUCUGUCCUGGCAAGCAUGUUUAAAAAUGAUUGAGCAGCCUCUAGAACUUUUAACCGAUGUAGAUAUGCAUCUCUUCAUUGAACAGGGGAUACGAGGGGGAAUUUCAGUGAUUACAAAGCGGUGGGCGCAGGCAAAUAAUCAUUAUAUGCCAAAUUACGAUUCAACAAACCCAGAGAGCUAUAUCAUGUAUCUAGAUGCAAAUAACCUGUAUGGAUGGGCGAUGUCGCAAGCAUUACCCUAUGGCGAAUUUGAAUGGAUUUCUGCGGAAGCUGUAACCCCUGAAUGGAUUCUUUCCAUUAGUGAAAAUUCAACAGAAGGUUAUAUUUUAGAAGUUGAUUUGGAGUAUCCUCCUGAACUACAUGACGCUCAUAAUGAUUAUCCUCUCGCACCUGAAAAGUUAAAAAUUAAUUUAGAAGAUCUUUCUCCUUUCUCUCAGAACAUCCUCCCCUAUCAAAAUUUCAAUAGCCAAAUUAAAUUAAUCCCCAAUUUGAAGCAUAAACAAAAUUAUAUUGUGUAUUAUAAGAACUUACAAUUUUAUUUAAAGGAAGGUUUGAAAUUGACUGCCGUACAUAGGAUUUUGAAAUUUAAGCAGAAGGCCUGGCUAAAACCAUAUAUUGAUUUUAAUACAGAACAACGCAAGAACUCAAAAUCUGCUUUUGAGAAAGAUUUCUUUAAACUACUGAAUAAUUCCAUCUAUGGUAAAACUAUGGAAAAUAUAAGAAACCAUGUUAACGUGCAACUUGUGAAUGAACGGAAAAAGGCAGAAAAAUUGGUAGCAUGUCCCACUUUUAAACGAUUCGAAAUUUUCAGUGAGAAUCUUGUUGCAGUGGAGAGAUUGAAAAACACCCUCACUUUGAAUCGACCAAUCUAUUCUAGACGUGAGAUUCAAUAUAGAAUUGCAAGUGAAGAACAUCAUCUUUUCACUCUUCGCCAGAAUAAAUUAAGUCUCUCCCCAUUCGACGAUAAAAGGUAUAUUUUGGAGGAUGGCAUCCAUACACUAGCGUACGGUCAUUAUAAAAUAGAGGCUGAUAAAGAAAAA